UCUGGAAAGUUCUGUGACCCGCCUCCCAUUAUCACACUCCCAAACGGUCGAGAGUUUUGGCACGUUCGGACUGACGGUACAAGUUGGGCGUGUGGUGUCCGUCCCUGCGUCUGAAAUAUAAACCUUCUCGUGAAGCAAACUUGUUUUUGAGCAGAACGAUGACUGCAGGAGAAGAGAAAAGCGAGCAGCAGAUCGCUAUCGAGGGGGAAGAUAUCAGCCCCAAGAAAGAUGGAGGAGUUCUAAAGCUGAUAAAAAAGGAUGGCACUGGUGAUGACACUCCAAUGACAGGAGAUAAGGUCUCUGUCCACUAUACUGGAGUGCUGUUAGAUGGAACUAAAUUUGACUCUAGCAGAGACCGAGAUGACUAUUUCACAUUUGACCUUGGCAAAGGGCAAGUUAUUAAAGCAUGGGACGUUGCUGUGGCCACCAUGAAGAUCAAUGAAGUCUGCCAGAUCAUCUGUAAGCCAGAAUAUGCCUAUGGCUCUGCAGGUAGCCCGCCAAAAAUUCCACCCAAUGCCACUCUUGUGUUUGAGAUCGAGCUUUUUGAAAUCAAAGCAGAAGAUCUGACAGAGGAGGAAGAUGGUGGAAUUAUUCGCCGAAUCCGAAAGAAGGGAGAAAGUUACUCUAAACCUAAUGAGGGAGCAUCUGUUGAGAUCCAUUUGGAAGGAAAAUAUCAGGGUACAAUCUUUGACAGUCGAGAUGUGUCAUUUAUCAUUGGCGAUGGUGAAGAACUCAAUGUUCCUCCAGGAAUUGAGAAGGCAUUACAAGAAAUGGAAAAGGGAGAAGAGGCUAUUAUUUCGCUAAAACCAAAAUAUGGAUUCGGUGAAUCUGGAAACUCAAAACUGAACAUCCCACCAAGUGCAAACCUAGUGUAUGAAGUUGUAUUGAAAAACUUUGAAAAGGCAAAAGAGUCUUGGGAGAUGAACAUAGAUGAAAAACUGGAACAGUCUGCCAUUGUCAAAGAGAAGGGAACGUUGUAUUUCAAGGUGGGCAAGUAUAAACAGGCCACCAUCCACUACAAGAAAAUUGUAGGUUGGCUGGAACAUGAGAGCGGACUAACUGAAGAAAACCUAAAGCAAUCCAAUGCGUUGAGGCUAGCAGCCCAUCUCAACCUUGCCAUGUGCUACAUCAAAAUGGAUGAGAAUUUGCAAGCUGUAGAGAAUUGUGAAAAGGCAUUAGAGCUAGAUGCAAACAAUGAAAAGGCCCUUUUCAGAAUGGGUGAGGCAAGACUCGCAAUGAACGAUUAUGAACUGGCAAAAGAAAACUUCCAAAAGCUUGUGCAGCUUUACCCCAAUAAAGCAGCCAAAGUCCAGAUUGGAAUCUGUCAGAAGAAAAUAAGAGAGCAAUUGGAUCUGGAGAAAAAGAUCUAUGCUAAAAUGUUCCCAAAAUUUGCAGAUACCAGUGCCAAGCAGAAAGAGGUUCUCAAAACAAAAUCCGAAAAAGAAGCUGCUGCCGUGAUAACAGAGCAAGAAGAGAAUAAGGAGAACCUAGAUGAAGGUGGCAAAGGAGAGCCCAUGGAAACGGAAACCAUUCACAAGUCUCAGGAACUGGAUGCUACAGCAUGAGUGAUGUGGAUUUUGAAGCUGCAUUUUUUUUAAAGCUUUUGUUAUAGUACAGUAUCCCAUGUGUAUUAUUAAUGCACCAGUAAAGAGUUUUACGUACUUACUCACCUGAGUCACACAAGCUAUUUAAAAAAAAAAGACCACACAUGCUGGAAUUGCUGAGUUUCUAAGUCACACUGGAUUGGCAGCAGUCAGUUUUUAUGGCCUGCCUUCGGCACUGCUGUGAUAUUGUUAGAUGACAAUUGAGAUGAGCCUGCUCUUGAGAACAUGUAGGAAAUAGAAACUGGAAUGAGCAGCUGGUAGCUCUGAAUUAUUCUAACUUAAAGAAAUAAAAGUGAUUUAUUUUUAAUCCCUUGCAAGGGAAUGUAUCCUUCCUCCUGCAUCCUUCCACUUUCCUUCUUCUUGCCCCAACACAGACACACACUGCUUUUUUUAUAAUGAAUGGUCUACUGUGAUAAAUUUCAUAUGCUUAUAGGAGGUACCUGAGAAUUGACAGAUCUGUGUGACGUGUUCCUGGAACUUGGGUAAAGAUGUGUUGGUACUGUUACUGCUGUGCUUCUGAGAUGUUUAUUUUAAAGUGAAGAACUUUGUUUUGCUGUUUGUAACUUAUGUAUAAGUAUCAGCAGGUAAUGCAGCUUUAUUGUAGACUUACUGUAUUCCACAGAAUGGCACCUUUUUGUUUUUACAUAUUGAAGAUUAUUGCGUGUCCUUCAUCAAAUUGACAAUAUGGAAAGAGGUGGUCUUGUAUUACCUAAAACUUCUAACAUUGAAAGGCCAUUCAAUGGUCGAGGCCAAUGUUUGUUUCACAUGAGCCUCCCCCCACCCCAACCACCUACUAGAUCAAAGCCUAUUAACAUCUCCUCCCAUUCACUUCUCCCUCCUGUUCUUAUUUGCUUGGCCUAAUAGCCAAGUGGUUAUGAUACUGGGCUUGUAACCCCAAGAUCAAGAGUUCAAAUCUCACCAUGGCAAACUAUGAAACAAUGUAAACUCCUGUUCUUAUUUAGCUUCCCCCUAAAUGCUGCAAUUCUAUGUGGUAUUAAGUUCCACACUCUAACCACUUAAGUUCCUUAUUGAAUUUAUUAGUUUCUAUCUUAUAUAUAUAACACAGUUUUGGAUUACCCGUAAGUAGAAACAUCCUCUCUCGGUCUACCCUUUGAAACUCUUGAUAAUUCCAAAAGAUGACCCUUUUCUAAAAAAGAGAGCCUCUAUUUGUGUAUCUUCCCUGUUACUUAAAACACAUAACCCUUGUAUCAUUCUUGUAAAUCUUUCUUGCACCUUCUGCAGUGCCUCCAUGUACUUUAUAAGUAUAUUAUGUCCAGCAAGUCUUUGCUCCACCCAAAUUCCCCCAUAAUGUGAUGAGGGAAGAGAUCUGCCACACAUAAUUUCAGAAUUCCCGACUCCCUUUAGUAGUAUUUAAUUCAAGAAAUUCUGACCAGUUAGAUACAGGCUGCCUUCACACCAAUGCCAUGUCCCUCGUGAGUUUCUAUGGCUUACUUACCUCAACGAUUGUGCACUUAGGUCACCUUGGUUAAUCCACCUGGGUUUAGCUCAGAGUAAGGUUUAAAUGAUUUAUGACUGUCAUGAGGUUGAUUCUUGAUUUGUUUUUUUUCUCCCCCUCCAUUUCUGCUCACUUUGACAUUUUGAGUCAAUCUUACCAAAUUGUUUAAUUAGUUAAACUAUUUUAUGUUUUGACAAAGUCUACCCCAAUGAUGGUCACCAGAUUUACAUCACUAUCUAUAAAUGAGAUUUUUUUGGUUCAAAUUUUUCUUGAUAGGUAGCGCCUUGCAGUGCCAUCUGUCCCUGGGGAAUUGACGUGGUCUGAGUAAUUUUGCUUCAAGUGGUGCUAUGUGAUCAAGCUCCCUUUCCCUCCCCCCAUAGACUCCUGUUUACUAACCAGAUUUGCACAACUCAUUUGAUUUCCCUCCCAAGCUUUGACACUGUAACGUAGUUUUUCCUCUAGUAUCCCUACUACACCAAAAAUUACACACACGAUAAUUAUUUACAUCCCAAAGAAAUUAAGUGUCCUGUUGCCUUUUGAUUUAUUUUGACUUCCUUGGAUCUCAGCUGUUCCUUAUUUAUAACUGAUGGUUUUAACACACAGUCAAUCUAAUUCAAAGCCAGUGCUUUCAAAACCACUAGAAUACAUUGCCCAUCCAAAAAUCAAAGACGGUAUUACUUAGGUUGUACAAUUAUUUAAUAAAACUUUAAUCUGGCUUAAUGUCAACAAAAUUUAAAGAGCAAAAUUAUAUAAUGAGUAAAAGUGAAUGGAACUAUUGCCUGUUUUACACAAGCUAAAAUUACCCGCAAUAUGUGUAAAACUGUUCUUGGUGAGAUUUUUUUCUAGCAUUGAAAUUUAAUUGUUUUAAAUUCCUUGGUGUUUUUUUGUUCAAAAUCAAACCCAAAGAACCCUACUUUAUUAAAAAUGUACAAAGCUAUAGAUGUAAAUUCUAGAAUUUAAGUUUUACAAUUCCCAAGUUUUUACCAUUGAUAAUUGCUACAGGCUUUGUCUUGCUGCUAAGUCACAUAAAAGGCUUAUCUGCUUUGUUUCCGGACACUCUUCAAUGGACCAUUAUUUCGAGUCUGCAAGAAAGGGGCUGUGGUUCCAGUUCUAUGCAAUACAGUAACAUAUGUCUUUAGUGCUUGAUCUUCUGGUGGAAAAAAUGUCUAAGAUUUGCAUCUAGUACUACUAUGUUUUCCAGCUUGAUUUACAACCAAAAGGUGAUUGUAUGUAUGUAAAUACUUUUUUGUUUUGUUUGAGGGCAGCAUAGGAGUAAAACCAAUAAUAAAAAUUCAGGAACUUGAAA